AUGCAGAAAGUACAAGAACUCGCCGGCAAAGUCACCGGCGGAGCCAUUGGCACCAAACUCCCCACUCGCAAGCUCGGCAAGAAUGGACCCAACGUCACAGCUCUCGGAUACGGCACAAUGGGCCUGAGUGCCUUUUACGGACUCCCAAAGCCAGAUCCCGAGCGAUUCGCAGUUUUGGACAAGGCUUAUGAGGAAGGAGAAUUGUUCUGGGAUACGGCGGACAUAUAUGCCGACAGCGAGGAUCUCUUGGGCAAGUGGUUCAAGCAGAACCCAGGCAAGAGAGAGAAGAUUUUCCUCGCGACUAAAUUUGCCAACUGCGUUGAUGAUCAGGGUAACCGGUGGGUUGAUAGCACACCUGAGUACUGCCGCAAGGCGUGUGAGAAGUCUCUUCAGAGACUCGGUGUUGAGAGUAUCGAUCUCUAUUAUGCGCACAGACUUGACGGCAAGACUCCAAUUGAGAAGACCGUGGGCGAGAUGAAGAAGCUCAAGCAGGAAGGCAAGAUCAAGUACCUUGGUCUCAGCGAAUGCGACGCAGACUCGCUGCGUCGUGCAUGCUCUGUCGAGCACAUCGAUGCCCUGCAGAUCGAGUACUCUCCUUUCAGCUUGGACAUUGAGCAGCCGUCCAUAGGCCUUCGGAAGGUCGCAAAGGAACUGGGCGUCGCCAUUGUUGCCUACUCUCCAAUUGGCCGUGGAAUGCUUGGUGGCCAGAUCAGAUCUCCAGCGGACUUUAAAGAAGGAGACUUCCGCACAUUCGCUCCCCGCUUCAGCGCUGAGAACUUCCCAAAGAACCUGGAACUGGUCGAUACCAUCACCGCAAUUGCCAAGAGGAAGGGUGUGACCUCUAGCCAGCUUACCCUGGCGUGGUUGAUGGCUCAAGGCGACGAUAUCUUCCCCAUCCCCGGUACGACCGACUUGGGCCGCUUGGAAGAGAACAUCGCCUCUCUGAAGGUGAAGCUCAGCAAGGAAGAAGAGCAGGAGAUCCGCAGCGCGUGCGAGAGAGCGGAGCCAGCUGGCGAUCGUUACCCCGAGUCGUUCGCUUCCAGCCUGUUCCAGAGCACUCCUCCAUUGCAGUAG